AUGUGCCACUCACAUUCACACUGGCCUCCAUGUGCCACUCACAUUCACACUGGCCUCCAUGUGCCACUCACCAACCAUUGGUCUGACUCCGUCCCACCCCCCUUACCCCCCCACGCACCGCCCUACCCCCUCACGCACAACCCCACCCCCCUCCUCCCUCACGCACUGCCCCCCUCUCCCCUCACGCACAUCCGCCCUACCGGUUCCUCAAGCCAUCGCCUUGCGCCGCAGCCACCCUCCUCCAUUCAUCACUAUCUGCGCCCCCACCCCUCUCCGCCCAUCCGACCCCUCUCCGCCCAUCCCACCCCUCUCCGCCCAUCCCACCUCAACCUCACAUCCCGCCUGCUCCUUCUGCCCGUCCUCACGCCCUUCCAACCCCCAUUCUUCCCCCAAUUAUCCUCGCACACUUCCCUAGCGCCCUCCCCUUUUCCCCCUCCUUCUUUCCUCACCCUCUCGCGUCCUCCACCCCUCUCCCCCAACUCGCCCCCCUCUCGCUCCUUCCCCCUCCCCACUCUCUUUCCCCCUCGCCCUCACCGCAUAUUAUCAGAAGCUCGCUCCCCCAACACCCCUGCUGACGUCAGCAACCGUUUACCACCGCUCUGCACCGCAUCCGCCCCUAUCUUGACCCUAGUUGGCGCUGCUCGACCUGUGCAUCCCGCGCGACUCGCUCAUGAUUCACGCGGUGCUGCGGCGACAGUAGCCAUGCCGUACAUCCGACAAGGCGAGGUGGUGGAGCGCCUGUCGCCAUGGCAGCUCGCCUUCUACGUCGACUUCUUCCGCCGCCUGUUCCGAAUCAUCAAGAUGUUCUUCUACACCCUCUUCUCGGUACACUCUCCUAAGCUUUCCUUUUCCCAGUUUGUCGCCAUGCUUUCCAUCACAGUCCGCCUCUUCUAUCGCUCUCUCGCCCUCGCAUUUCCCUCGCGUUCGCCAGUCCUCCUCUUUUCACUCCCUCUCGCCCGCCCUUGCUGGCCUCGCACUGGCUCGCUGCCAGCUGAUCACGAUAGAGUGCUUCUGCGGCGGGUGCCUGAGGUCGGUAAGGCACUCCGCCUGCUGCCGCUGAUACCAGCCCCACUCAACUCAUGUCAUGAGAUGGGAGGGUGGUGUCAGUGCAGCCACGUGCUCGUCUCAUGUGCCGCUGCUGCACGUGCAUGUGUGUGCGUGGAGCCACUCACACCACAUGUGUUGUGUGGUGAGGCCAUGGGCUUGAGCCGGCAGUCCCAGCUGGACGCGAGUGGCGGCGACGAGAAGGGGACGCGGCGGCGGUCGCCAAGGGGCGCGCGGUGGGAGGGGCAGGGGGAGCGGAAGCGGGAGGGGAGGUGGGAAGCGUCGCGGGGAAGGGAGGUGGUGGAGACACGUGGAGCUUCAGUGGGCGGAGAGGCGCGCAGGCGAGGGGAGGGCAGGCGAGGCACGGGUGGGCGACGCAGGUUGGCAGAUGGGCAAGGCAGUGAGGGGGGUGGUGGCAGUGACGUGAGCAGCGAUGGGCAUGCGGUCAUGCACGUGGGCGCGCGUGGCGGCAUGGCGGGCCCUGGGGUGUGGGCGGACGGAGUUAAACGGCACACGCGGCGGGCAGGAGACAGAUGUUGGAGCCAAUGGGAGAUGCGCAUGUAUGUCACGCGCCCUGACCGCCAGCUGCCGCCAUCGAUGGCGUUGAGGCGGCGUCUGUCGGAGUACCGUCGGAUGCACCGCCGCUGCACUCAGAUCCACGACUGGCACGCCUUCUACAGCAACCCGUCGAUGGGGUGGAAGGACGGCAUUGAUGGGCUGGGGAACUGCAAGUAUCUCUUCUAUAUGCCGCCUGCCCGCCAUGGGGUGGGCAAUCGCAUAAUGGCGCUCGUCUCAGCCUUCUCCUACGCGCUGCUCACCAACCGCACGCUCCUCAUUCCGCCCGACUCCUUCCUCUUCCAAUUCUUCUGCGAACCCUUCCCCGCCUCCUCCCCGCCUCCUCCUGUGUGCUACAUGUGUGCAGGGGUGGGCAAUCGCAUAAUGGCGCUCAUCUCGGCCUUCUCCUACUCACUACUCACCAACCGCACGCUCAUCAUCCCGCCCGACUCCUUCCUCUGCCGCUUCUUCUGCGAGCCAUUCCCCGGCUCCUCCUGGACCAUCCCGCUCGACGCCUUCAAGCAUGCACCGGGUCUGCACGUCCCCUCCGCACCGCUGUCUUUCGCAUGCUCUCCUCACAUGCUCUCCUCACAUGCUCUCCUCACAUGCUCUCCUCACAUGCUCUCCUCACAUGCUCUCCUCACAUGCUCUCCUCACAUGCUCUCCUCACAUGCCCUCCUCACAUGCCCUCCUCACAUGCCCUCCUCACAUGCCCUCCUCACAUGCCCUCCUCACAUGCCCUCCUUGCACGAUUUCCUUCUUUCCCUCCCAAUUACCCUCGCCACGUCGUGCACCCCAUCACACCUGCCCCACCCCCACCCCCCGCCCCCAGCACCAUAUCCCAGACGCUCCAAGGCGGACACGUGGGGCAUGUUCUGUGAGGUGGAGCAGCAGGCCAUGGCAGCAGCACGCUUCGCCACGCUCUACACCGACUACUUUCUCGUGCCGCACUUUUACAUGGUGCCCAUGCUGCAGGUACAGCUCGACACCCUCUUUCCCGAUCGACGAGUCUUCACCCACCUUUCUCGGUACCUGCUGCACCCCGCCAACUAUCUGUGGGAUCGCAUCACCCGCCUCUACCACGGCCACCUCGCCCACCACUCCCUCACCGUCGGCCUGCAGAUCCGCGCGUUUGAGGAGACCGAGGAGGAUUUGAUGGUGAAUGUGUUUGAGUGUGCCACCAACAUCGCCAGAGUGCUGCCACCUGUCAUGCCCACCGACCAAUGGCGCCAAACCGCUACAGCUGUGAGUGGCACGUGGGGAACGCAGCUUCACCUCCAUGCACUCCCCCCAUGCCCUACUCCCCAUGCCCCACUCCCCAUGCCCCACUCCCCUCCCAAUGCCCCACUCCCCAUGCCCUACUCCCCAUGCCCCACUCCCCAUGCCCCACUCCCCAUGCCCCACUCCCCAUGCCCCACUCCCCAUGCCCCACUCCCCAUGCCCCACUCCCCAUGCCCCACUCCUCAUGCCCCACCCCCACGAACGUGCACCACCCACCCCGGGCGCCACACAGGUGACGGAGGAGGCGCUGCUGGGCGUGCGCGGGCGCAGCAUCGGGGCGCUGGUGGUGUCGCUCAACCCCACGCAUGGCGCCAAGCUGCGCGACCGCUACAUGCUGGGCAAGCCGCUGGACGGCAGCACUGUGUCCGUCUUCAGGUGCGCUUAGUGUUGGUGGUGCUGGUGAUGUCGCUGGUGGUGUCGAUGGUGGUGUCGCUGGUGGUGUCACUGGUGGUGUCGCUGAACCCCAUGCACGGCGCCAAGCUGCGCGACCGAUACAUGCUGGGCAAGCCGCUGGACGGCAGCACUGUGUCCGUCUUCAGUGUGAGUGGCGAGGGUGAGGAGAAGCAGGACGACCUGCUGCAGUACGAGCUCGCCGUCACUGAGAUCGAUGUGCUGCUGGUGACGGACACAUCAACGUUUGGGUACGUGGCGGCGGGGGUGGCGGGGGUGACGCCCUACACCAUGAACGUGGCCAAGUGGAAGCACAGCGACUGGCGCUCCAACGGCCGCCUCGCCUGCAUGCUCGGCUCGUCCGAGCCCUGCUACGUGCACAAAGUGGAGGAGCAAGUGCUGUGUCCAGGAGAGCCAGAGAAGCGGCCGCUGGAGAACAUACCACAGACGCGGGCGUGCCACGCAACGGGCGUGGGGCUCACCACCAACCUGCCGAUGCUGCCGCUGCCCUCCCAGCAUGACGCCUUGGAGGGCGCACAGCCAGCUCAUCCACCUGCCUCUAAUGACCCUCUGCCUGCUGCGGCUGCUGCCUCUGAUUCUGCUGGUGGCAUGGGUGCAGGGUCAGCAACAGCAGGGCAGGGAGAGCGAGAGGGGGAUGGCCGGGGUGAGCAGCGGGAAGGGGAGCAGGGUGCAGGGGAUGCAGCGGAUGGUGGUGACUCUUACUAUCUGGAUGAGGAGCACGCGUGA